UUACAGCACAGAUUAAAUCAUUCCUUCUGUAUUGCGUGCCAAUAUAAACUGGCGAUAUACAGAGCACUACAGUAUGUUAAACAGUAAAUCUGUUCUGCCAAAUAUCUCAUCAGAUUCAAAGUAUAAAAUCUGGAUUUUUUCACGAAAAGUUUAAUUUCAGUAUGGAGUUAAAGAUGUUGCAUGGAAGUACUCUUGUUCUAAUCAAUUUUUUUCUGAAUGGAUAUGCUAGUGCGGAUUCUUGCAAAAAUGACAAUUGUUCGUCUUCAAUUGACAUCCCGCUCAUUUCAAAGCUUAAUACACCGUUAAAGGCAGAAUUAGAUAUAACUAGUUUAACCAAACAGCUGAGGGAACUAAUACGAAUGCAGAUAAAAGUGGCUGUAUAUAAAGAGAUGAAAGAUCUCGUGGAAAAUGUUCUAGAUAAGAGGAUACAAACUGCCCUGGACAGUUUCAGGAAAUCAUACAAUCUUACACUAUCAACUUUUAAACAGAAAAUAGAAGACGGGACUGCACAGAUAGAGGAAUCAGUCGCUGCUGUUUAUAAUAAAACAGUAGCUCUUGACAGAAAGUUAACUGAAGUUCAAGAAAAUACAGAGAAGAAAAAUACAUUCAUGUUGUUAAAACAGAACCUUUUGGCAAGCUUCAUCAAUUCAUUGACUACAAUGGACAAUAAGCUGGUGGAAGAAAUUGAGGAGAUGAAAGAAAAGCAAAAUUCAACAAAAGCAAAAAUGUCACUUAUUGAAUCCAAGACGAAACUGCACAUAUAGAGGAAUCAAUCGCGUCUUUAUACAAUAAAACAGCUGCAUUCGAUAGCAUAAUAACAAAACAGAACAUGUUUGCAAGCGACAUCAAUUUGCUGACUACAAUGAACAAUAAAUUGGUGGGAGAAAUUGGACAAAUGAAAGAAAAACAAAAGGUAAUAGAAUCAAAAAAGUCAAUAAUUGAAUCCAAUGUUAAAAGAACCACUGAGAAGGGUAAUACAAUGAGAGACUGCAGCGACCUUAACAGAAUGAUUCAGUAAAGUGGAGUUUAUCAUAUCUACCCUGGUGGAUAUAAGGUGUACUGUGAUAUGAAGACCUAUGGCGGAGGUUGGACAGUAUGUAAUUUUAUAAGGACAAGAUCAAACUGUAAUUACUUUGCUUUGAUAAUCUCUGGGAAUCAACUUAAACUAGUGUGACAUUUUAUGUCUCAUGUAGACGUAAACAGUUUGUCUUUAUCCUUCGACAAGUCAUCAACGAAAACAAUUUUGUAAAAUUGUAAAAUAUUCAAUCAAAACGUAGAUAUUAGCAAACAUUCGAGUUAGUUAUCUGUUAUCGAUAUAUGAGCGUUUAUUA